AGACAUUUGCAAAGUCAACAAAAGUUUUCCGGGGGCGAGGAGUGUUGUGGUAAAUCGGGUAAAUCAAAAUCCCUUUGGUGCAUCAAACUACGAUUGCCUGGGAGUUUGCCAUGUCUCUGACUGAUGAAGAGAUAGCUGCAGCGUGCUCGGAGCCUGAUCCUGCCACUGCUGGUACCCACCUCCAGCACACCAUGUACCGAGUGAAGGACGCAAAGGUGUCUCUGGACUUUUACACGCGAGUCCUGGGCAUGCGGCUGCUGAAGCGACUUCACCUUCAGGAGGCCAAGGUCUCGCUCUAUCUUCUCGGCUUCGAAGACGCCGCCGACAUUCCCUCCGACCCCAAGGAGCGCACGCGCUGGUGUUUCGGUCGCCGCGCAGUGGUCGAGCUCGCUCACAAAUGGGGAACGGAAAGCGAUCCGAAGUUUACCGGCUAUUGCAGUGGUAACGAUCCUGCUUCUAACGGGUACGGCCACAUUGCAUUGCACGUGACUGAUCUGAAAGCCGCCUGCGAGCGGUUCGAGCGACUGGGAGUGGAGUUUGUUGUAAAGCCUGGGACGGGUCUGGUGAAGGGGAUAGCGUUUAUCAAGGACCCGGAUGGUUAUUGGAUUGAGAUUCUGACGGCCGACGGGGUGGCGGAAACCUUCCCCGAGGUGGACUAGGGCGCUGUUCGUGGGGUGCAGUUGGGGAAUGCGUACCACUGGUGCAUUGGUACUAAACUGUCCAUGAUGCAGCCCUAUUUUUAGAAUGAACAUAGCUGCAGGUUGAUCGGCAGGAAAUAUUCCAUGUAUGCCUUGCAUUACGGGCCAGGUAUUUCAAAAGCAAUCUUGCCAAGUUAAGGUAGCUAGAAGCUUUAAUCCCAUGAAUUAUAUUUGUGUUGAUUUUAAAUUGUUGCUAUUUUCCUACCAUGGCAUUGGUAUUUGGUACAUUGCCAUCAGAACACAGGAAGUUAUGCUGUGAAUAUCAUGGAAGUAUUGUGACGGUGAUGGUGCGUUAUAUACGUGAUAUAUACAAUGACGGUGCCUUGUAUACAUUACUGAUCAAACUUUUUUCAAUGGAUAUUCUCAAUUGACUUGCUGUGAAGCGAUCUAGCAAUACAAUUUCCGUGAAACGGAAUACGGAUAUAA